AUGUAUAACUUUGUUCCAGGUUCAAUUAUAUACAAUCAGACUGAUGAUGAUGGAUGGUGCUUUGUCGCUUUCUGCAAUGAGACAUGUGGUAUCGAGAAGAAAUCACAAUAUUGUGGCACUACCAGUAUUCCAGCAACAACAUUUUCGGGUGUUACUCCAACAACAUCAUUACCCUCACCACCUACCACUCUCACAACAUCAUCAACUAUAACUCCUCCUCCUCUGCCAGUUGACUGUAACAGUCUAAGUCCACCAAGGAAGAAUGGUGAAAGUUGGAAGCCAGAUAAAUGCUCCACUGAGACAUGCAUCCAUGGCACAGUUCACCACAACUAUGUACACUGUGAGCCAGUGACUGUCCCUGUUUGUGUGAAUAACCUUCCACCAGUCAAAGUCUAUGAUGAGAACGGAUGUUGUUUCAAAUAUGACUGUCAAUGUACCUGCAGUGGCUUUGGAGACCCGCAUUAUAUCACUUUUGAUGGGACAUAUUAUGGUUUCCAAGGAAACUGCUCUUAUGUGUUGAUGAAAGAGAUUCAUCCAAAAUACAACUUCAGUGUCAUAAUUGAUGAUGUCUAUUGUGAUGCCAGAGAUGGUCUUUCCUGCCCUCAAUCUUUGACUGUGUAUUACAAAUCCUAUGAGAUCUUCAUGUCACAGAAGGUUGCUGAUGGCAUUGUCACAAACCUGCUUUAUGUGAACCAGAAGCGUGUUAUCCUGCCCUAUCAGAAUUCUGAUUUAAUGAUCACAGAAAGUGGAAUAGAAUCCCUUCUUGUCAUACCAGCCAUCAAUGCACAAAUAUACUUCACUGGGCUGAUGUUUUCUAUCAGUCUUCCAUGGGAGAAAUUCCAUGGUAACACUGAGGGACAGUGCGGGACAUGUGAUAACAACCGCUCAGAUGAUUGCCGCUUACCAAACGGAACCAUUGACUCAUCCUGUCCAGAUAUGGCUCACUACUGGCAUAUUCAUGAUAAGAACGCUCAUUGUGUGCCCCCACUGCCUCCCCCAACCCCGGUGCCACACUGUGAUAAUGCCAUCUGUAAGAUCAUUGAGAGCAAGCUGUUCGAGCAGUGUCACAAGAUCAUCCCAUAUGAAGCAUAUACACUGGCCUGCAAUUUUGAUGUCUGUCACAUGAAUAGCAGUGCCAUAGGUUGUGCCAGUUUAAAGGCCUAUGCUGACCAGUGUGCUUUAGCAGGAGUUUGUAUUGACUGGAGAGCAGCUACAAAUGGAAUAUGCACUUUUAAAUGCCAAGAACCAAAAGUGUACCAGGCCUGUGGUCCCCAGAUUGAGCCAACCUGUGAUGCAAGGUUUAACCAGAACUUUAUCCAGGAGACAAAUGCAUUUAAAGUCUUACAGCCUGUGAUGUGGGAGGGAUGCUACUGCCCACCUGGAACCACGCAACUUAGUCCAAAAUCUAAUGUCUGUGUUGAAAGCUGUGGUAAGGACACCAACUCCAACCACUGUCUAUAUAACCAGUGA